CGAGUAAACAACAGCAAUAAUAAUACCAUCGAUCAAAACAUGUUGAACGAAAAUGAUUAUAUUCUGUUUAAUUUUCACCAUAUCGCCUUUGAUGGUUAUUCUACCACACUUUUCUUGAAUGACUUGCUGUUGGCAUACGCUAACAAUGAGCUUCAUCAAAUAUCAAACGAUGAUUGUUUACAAUAUAUCGAUUACGCUCAAUAUGAAAGACAAAUGUUUAAUGAUGAAAAUCCAUCUAGUAUGGUUCAAUUAGCACGACAAUAUUGGAAACAACUUUUAGAUGGGUACGACAUUACGAAACAACUUCAACUACCCUAUGAUCGUGUAGCUGAAACUCGUACUGGACACGGUUCAGCAGUUACCUGCGCGAUUGAACCUUAUACUAUUGCUAUUCGUCAAUACUGUGCCGAUAAUGGCGUUACAGUUUUCGAAGUGUUUAUGGCAUGUUAUUGCGUUUUUUUGUUCAAAUUAACAAAUUUUGACAACGAUAUCUGUAUUGGUAGUAUUAAUGCUAACAGAUAUCGCCAAGAGUUAGAGAACGUUAUUGGUAUGUUUGUUAAUUUGGUUCCAUACAGAUGUAGAAUCGGCGACGAUCCAGAAGUAACAUUUGAGUAUCUGAUAGCUGAAAUUCAUAACUUAUGCUCGGAACAGCUGCAAUAUUCAUAUUUACCUUACCAGGACAUUUUAAAACUACAUCGUAGCGGUCACGAAAAUCCAGUUGCUAUUCAGACAGUGCUCAUAUAUCGUAAUGGCAAGUGUGUUAACUUACAGAUGGGUGACGGCAUUGUUUGCAAUCUUAUGACAGGCUUACCUUACGCUGUGGCCAAAAAUGAUUUGACACUUAACAUCUACGAAUAUGAACAUAGAGCCUUAUCGUGUUCCUUCGAGUAUGCAACGGACGUUUUCGAGCGAAAAACAAUUGAAACAAUGUGUAACAGAUUUCAAGCUCUUUUGCAGCAUUUAUUUAUUGAUCAGCAACGGCAUCGGCCUGUGCACGAAUUAUCAGUUCUUUUAUCAAAUGAAAUAAAGCUGAUACACGAUAUGAAUUUAACUGAAGAUGCCGACAUACUAUUUCCCAAGUGUAUUCACGAAGAAUUUUUCUUAUCUGCCGAAAUGCAUCGAGACAAAAUUGCUAUAAUUUACGAUGAACAACGCUUUACGUAUGAUAAUUUAGCUGAACAUGUGAAACGUUUAGCCACACAUUUGGUUAAAAAUCAUCAUGUUAAGCUGGGUGACAUAAUAACACAAGUGAUUGAAAAAUCAUUUGAAAUGGUAGUUGGAAUUUUAGCUAUCAUGGCCACGGGAUGUGUUUAUUGUCCUUUAAUGCCGUCGAAUCCACCACAACGUAUUUUAACUUUGAUACGUGACACAAAAUCGCGUAUUAUUUUAAUACAUCAAGAAACAAAAUCGAAAUUUGAUUCGAUCGCAGAUGAGUUAAAAAACGAAGACAUUGAAGUCAUUGAUAUCGAAGAAAAUGUCUAUGAAAGUUACAAUAUUGAAAAUUCACGUGAAGAGCUGCCGCCUAUAACUGUCAAGCAAGAAGAUAUUGCUUAUAUCAUCUACACAUCUGGCUCAACGGGCAUUCCGAAAGCCGUUCUAACACGCCACCAUAGCUUUCUUUUAUGCAUUCAGGCGUAUGUUAAAACAAAUAUAUUGCAGAACAGUGAUGUUGUUAUUCAAACAACUGGAUGUUCAUGGGAUAUACAUCUCAAAGAAAUUGUUGGUACACUAUUAAUUGGCGCCCAAAUUGUCAUACCGAAAUCUUCUGCAGACAUGGAUUAUUUAACAAAAUUGAUUCAGAAUCGAACUGCUACUUAUAUACAUACUGUACCAACAUUUACAAAUAUGCUUUGUGAAUAUUUGGAGAAAAACAUGCAGUUUGAUCGUAUCAAAACAAUACGAUCAUUUUGCUCAAUUGGCGAAGCUAUGGAACCAAAAAUUAUAGCAAAAUUAAUGUCCCAUUUAGACGAAAAGGCAACAAUCUAUUCACUUUAUGGUACAACUGAAUGCGGCAUUGCAUCAACGUACCACAUCGUAACACGCGAAGAUCUGAAUUCAAAAGUCAUUCCAAUCGGAUCUCCCUUCCCGAAUUAUGUCUGUUAUGUCCUCGAUAAGUUUUUAAAACCGGUUGGAAUCGAUCAAAUAGGAGAGAUCUAUAUAGGAGGCGAUGGCAUUAUGGCAGGAUACCUCAAUAGAAGCGAUUUGAAUAAAGAAGUGUUAAUCAGUAUUCCGGAAACUGCAAAAGGAAAACUAUACAAGACAGGUGAUUUAGCACGAAUAAAUUCAGCGGGUGAACUGUUGUUUCUGGGACGUUCGGAUUUUCAAAUAAAACUUCGCGGACAGCGUCUAGAAGUGGGUGAAAUCGAAACGGUGAUAUGUCAAGCAGCACCAGCAAGUAUUUCCAAAAGUCACGUCACGAAACUAACUUAUGAAAAAAACCAACAAGAUUAUCUAGUGGCUUAUAUCAUGUCACCUUGCGUAGCCACCGAGGAUGACAAAGCUUCGUUGGAAUGUCAAAUUACAGAGUAUUGCAAAGCACAUUUGCCGCCGUACAUGAAUCCAUCCAUAUUUAUUAUUAUGUCCCAUUUACCGUUAAAUCCAAAUGGUAAAAUCGAUCGUAAACAAUUACCAAAACCAGAUUUUGAGCAGCUACAUAUGAUGAAUCUCGAUUAUCUCGAACCAAAAACUGAAUUAGAACAAGAAAUUCACGAUUUAUGGUGUAAAACACUCCAUGUCGAUAAAAUGCUAUCCAUGAAAUCGAAUUUCUUUUCAUUGGGUGGUAAUUCAUUACUACUGAUGAAGUUAUAUAAUUACUACCAGUCACAGUUUACGAUGAAAGAACUGAAUAUCUCAGAUUUAUUCAAACAGUCAACGAUUUUGGAACACACACAGCUGGUAUUAAAAUCGAUCCAGGAUAUGGAAACCUUAACGGUACCACAUGCAGACCAGUGGAAAUUACUCAAUGUGAAUAAUGGUAAGGAUCACUUAUUUCGAAGUCUUGCAGCAAAGAAGAUAAAGAAAUAG